UUAAAGAAAGAAAGCAAAUACAGCUCCCGCGGCGCAGUUGACGUUAGUUAUGAAAUUCUGUUAUUAUCAUCACUCUCAAAACCAAAACUCACUCACUCUCACAACCUUCUUCUUCAUCUUCAUUCAAGGAUCCCACACUCACACCCUCCAUUCCUCUAUCUCCUUAUCAAACCAUGAAACCCUACAACAAUGGCCAUUCAUUCGGAACCACCGUAAUCAUCAAAAUCAUCGCAUUCUUCAUCGUCGCCCUCACUUUCUUCUACAUCGGUAAACACUCCUCUAACCACUACCAACAACUCAUCUUCUUCUCAUCAGUUACAACAACAUCCAAUCAAGUCUCCACUUCCCCCAAUUUCAACAAAACUUUCAAUAUCUCCACUUCAAUCAAUCAUAACCAAACACAAACCCUAGAAACCACAGAAUCCCUUAAAAUAAAGAUAUUAGGGAUUCUGAAUGAGGAUGGAACGAUGUCCGAUGAGUUUGAGGUGGGAGAAUUUGAUCCGGAGACGGUGAAUGAACCAGGGCUGGAUCAUUUAACUGUGCAUGGUAAUGAUCAUGAAUUGAAAUUUGAGGUGAAGAAGUUUGUGGUGUGUUCGAGUAGUAUGAGUGAGUAUAUACCGUGUUUGGAUAAUUUAGAAGGUAUUGGGAAAAUGGAAUCGAUGGAGAGAGGGGAGAGGUUUGAGAGGCAUUGUCCUGUUGAGGAGAAACGGGUUAGCUGCUUGGUUCCGCCGCCCCAAGGUUAUCGUUCGCCAAUUCCAUGGCCUAGAAGCCGAGACGAGGUGUGGUACAGUAAUGUUCCCCACACUCGUCUUGUGGAAGAUAAAGGGGGUCAAAAUUGGAUUACCAGAGACAAGAAUAAGUUUAAAUUUCCAGGGGGUGGCACCCAAUUUAUACAUGGAGCAGAUCAAUACUUGGAUCAUAUUUCUAAGAUGGUUCCUGACAUCAUGUUUGGUCAGAAUAUAAGAGUUGCUCUUGAUGUGGGUUGCGGUGUAGCUAGUUUUGGUGCAUACUUAUUGUCAAGAAAUGUCAUAACCAUGUCCAUUGCUCCAAAGGAUGUUCAUGAGAAUCAGAUCCAAUUUGCUCUUGAGCGGGGUGUCCCAGCAAUGGUGGCAGCAUUUGCAACUAGACGUUUAUUAUAUCCAAGUCAAGCCUUUGAUUUGAUACAUUGUUCGCGCUGCAGAAUUAAUUGGACUCGAGAUGAUGGUAUUUUGCUGCUUGAAGUUAAUAGGAUGCUAAGGGCAGGAGGGUACUUUGUCUGGGCUGCCCAACCAGUUUAUAAACAUGAGCAAAAUUUAGAAGAACAAUGGGAAGAGAUGCUUAAUCUUACUACUCGUCUUUGCUGGAACUUUUUGAAAAAAGAUGGGUAUGUUGCAAUAUGGCAGAAACCCUCCGACAAUAGCUGCUAUGUAAACCGUGAGGCAGAAACUAAACCUCCACUGUGUGACCCAAGUGAUGACCCAGAAAAUAUCUGGUACGUUAAUCUAAAGGCAUGCAUCUCUCCAUUGCCUGAGAAUGGCUAUGGAGCAAAUCUUACCAAAUGGCCUGCACGAUUGCAAACUUCACCUGAUAGGCUCCAAAGCAUAAAACUUGAUGCUUCCAUAUCCAGAAAAGAGCUUUUUAAGGCCGAAUCAAAAUAUUGGAAUGAGAUAAUAACAAAUUAUGUAGGUGCUUUACAUUGGAAGACGAUGAGAUUAAGAAAUGUUAUGGACAUGAGAUCUGGUUUUGGAGGAUUUGCGGCUGCAUUGAUUGAUCAAAAUCUCAACAGCUGGGUUAUGAAUGUUGUUCCUAUUAGUGGUCCAAACACCUUGCCUGUGAUAUAUGACCGUGGUCUGAUUGGAGUUAUGCAUGACUGGUGUGAACCAUUUGACACUUAUCCAAGAACUUAUGAUCUUUUGCAUGCUGCAAACCUGCUUUCUUUUGAGAAGAAAAGAUGCAAUGUCUCAUCAAUCAUGCUUGAGAUGGAUCGGAUACUUAGACCUGGUGGGCAUGUAUACAUCCGCGAUUCUCUUUCUAUCAUGGAUGAGCUUGUGGAAAUUGCCAAGGCUAUCGGCUGGCAAGCCACGCUGCGAGAUACGCCGGAGGGUCCACAUGCAAGUUAUAGAGUUUUGGUUUGUGAUAAGCACCUAUGAUGCGGUUGUUGCAAUUGGGGCUGUAAAACUCGUUCUUGGUUUCUGAAUUGAUCCCUACAGCUGCAAUGAGGAAUUCAACACAAGUUUAAGACUUUGCAAGUGUAAAUAUCUCACUUGCUUCCUUAAAAGCGUGUAGAGACUCUGGAGGCAAUGAUUUUUUUUUAUUCUUGACAUCAGAUCGCAAGAGCUGAUUAGGUAUAGUGUAUCAUUUGACUUGUUUGUAAAGUUCAAUUUAUUUGUAUAUUACAAAGUUUAAGGCCGGGUUUCUUUUAUAUUGUUCAUUAAUGUCUAGUUCAAAACAUUUUAGUUUCGUGUUCUUAAAUAGGUUUUAUUUUAUGUGAAUUGUGAUCUUAGUUGUACUUUGUAUUUUUAUCUAUAUUUUUUCCUUCUGGUGUUCUCUAUGAA